AGCCGAUAGAGGAAGAAGCCUCAGUGGGUGCAGUUCAUGUUAGCCUGAACGGAUCUGUUAGCAGAGCAGACAUCGCAGACAAGUGGACCUUUUUAGUGUUAUUCAGCACACAUUUUAAAUUUACGAAAGCCGGAUUAAGGAGUUGUAAUCGAGGCUCUCCGACGACCGCUUCGCCAAGAUGAGCUUCCUGUUUAGCAGCCGCUCAAACAAGACCUUCAAACCGAAGAAGAACAUCCCGGAGGGCUCCCACCAGUAUGAGCUGCUGAAGCACGCCGAGGCUACGCUGGGCAGUGGGAACCUGAGGCAGGCCGUCAUGCUGCCGGAGGGCGAGGAUCUCAACGAGUGGAUCGCUGUCAACACGGUGGAUUUUUUCAACCAGAUCAACAUGCUGUACGGCACAAUCACCGAGUUCUGCACCGAAACCAGCUGCUCUGUGAUGUCUGCAGGACCAAGAUAUGAGUAUCACUGGGCUGAUGGGACCAAUAUUAAGAAGCCUAUCAAAUGCUCUGCGCCCAAAUACAUCGACUACCUUAUGACCUGGGUGCAGGACCAGCUGGAUGAUGAGACACUUUUUCCCUCCAAGAUCGGAGUUCCCUUUCCGAAGAACUUCAUGUCCGUGGCCAAAACCAUCCUGAAGCGUCUCUUCAGGGUUUACGCUCACAUCUACCACCAACACUUCGACUCUGUGAUGCAGCUGCAGGAGGAGGCCCACCUCAACACCUCCUUCAAGCACUUCAUUUUCUUUGUUCAGGAGUUCAACCUCAUCGACAGGCGAGAGCUGGCUCCCCUGCAGGACUUGAUCGAGAAGCUUGGAUCCAAGGACAGAUAGACAUUUCAUCACACAUCUCCUUUUCUUCUUUUUUUUUUAACACUUUCUUUUUCUCCUCUCUCUCUCUCUCUCUCUCUCUCUCUCUCUCUCUCUCUCUGUGACCUCUGCUACCUCUUUGACUUCUGGGCUCAACUCUUCCAACCUGUGCCUUCUU